GGCUUUUCCCGUAUCUAUAUUCAAUAUCGACAUCAAAAUGAUUCUUCACUCUACUCUUGUCAGUGCUUUGGCUGUAGUAUCACUCUUACCAUGGUUAUCCUUUUCUGCACCAACAGUGAGUCGAGCGGCAUCUCCUAAAUAUGUGUUUGCUCAUUUUAUGGUCGGGAUUGUCGAGAACUAUAAACUCUCGGACUGGAAGAUGGAUAUGGCACAUGCACAAGAGAUUGGUAUAGAUGGGUUCGCUUUGAAUUGUGCAAGUAUCGAUAGCUAUACUCCUACACAGCUUGCCCUUGCAUAUCAAGCAGCCGAAGAAACCGGAUUUCAUGUUUUCAUAUCAUUCGACUUUGCAUAUUGGAACAAUGGAAAUACCAACAAUAUCACGGACUACAUGAAUCAAUAUGCAUCUCAUCCGGGACAAAUGCAAUAUAAUGGAGGAGCUGUGGUCAGUACCUUUGUGGGAGAUUAUUUUGAUUGGGCACCUGUCAAAGCUGGAAUAAAUCACUCAAUUUUCGCCAUUCCCAUGAUGCAAGAUCCAAUCGAAGCAAGUUAUCUGACUACAUCAUUUGAUGGUGCAUUUUCUUGGUUAGCAUGGCCUACAGAUGGUGGAAAUAGUAUUAUCCCAGGUCCGAUGUCAACUUCUUGGGAUGAUAAAUUUCUUACAUAUCUCAAAGGAAAGCCAUAUAUGGCUCCUGUUUCUCCAUGGUUCUCCACACAUUUCAACUCUAAGAACUGGGUCUUCAUAAGCGAAGAACUCAUUACCGAUCGAUGGAAUCAAAUGUUGGCUAUGCAACCCGCACUUAUCGAAAUCAUAUCUUGGAAUGAUUUCGGCGAAUCUCACUAUAUCUCUCCACCAGAGCCAAAUCAUAAAGAUGAUGGUUCAUCACAGUGGGCAGACGGCUUCCCUCACGAUGGUUGGCGCGUGAUUUCGAAACCAUACAUCGCUGCUUAUAAAGCCGGAGCUAGUACACCAACCGUCACCGAAGAUCAACUUGUAUAUUGGUAUCGGCCAACACCCAAAGGAAUUGCCUGCACAAAUGAUACUCUUGGGCCUCCCAAUGGACGUGAAAUGCUCGCUGAUGAUAUAUUCGUCACCACACUUCUUACAAAACCUGCAACUCUAGUUGUUACGAGUGGAGAUAAAACUCCGGUGUCGAUUGAUGUGCCUGCUGGGAUCGUCACUACCAAUUUUACUAUGGGUGUAGGGAACCAAUAUUUUAUGGUUACUAGAAAAGGUUCCCCGGUUUUGAAUGGAUAUGGCGGUUUGAACAUCGUCGAUAAGUGCGAGAAAUACAACUUCAAUGCAUAUGUGGGAUCUUUGAACGGGACUAGUAAUGAUGGUCCACCGCCACCAGCUACAACGACUUCAACGAGUACUUUCAUAACUACGACUUCUACCUCUACAUAUUCAACAUCUACUUCCAUUCCUACAACAAGUACAACAAGUGUUCCCCCCAUUUCAACUACAUCUUCAUCAUCUAGCACUACAUCACCAACUAACACGACCACUUCUACCACUUCCAUUAUUUCCACCACGACCACAACGUCUUCCUCUACUUCUACUUCCUCAACAUCCUCCCUUCCAGAGCCCUCACCCUCCACUGUCUGUACCUCAGGCUGGGGUCCAGGAAACUAUAUCGGCCUCUGUCAAUUUACCUGCAACUAUGGCUAUUGUCCUCCUGGUCCUUGUACAUGUUUGUCAUAUGGCUCUCAAAUCCCUGCGCCACCAAUUACAAAUCAAGCAGGGUAUCCGUUGCCGGGAGAAGAUGAUAGUUAUUUGGGAUUGUGCAGUUAUAGCUGCAAUCAUGGAUAUUGUCCACCUACUGCUUGUCGAUUGGGUUAGGUUUUGGUUUGAUGGAAGGUGGGAGAGUGGAGAGGGUGGAGAGAGUGUGUGAAUAUGAUUAUGAUUUCGUUUGGUAUGGAGUAGGGGUACAUAGUUUGCGGUAUUGAAGUUCGGAUAUUUUUUGCUUGGUUGAACGCAUGGUCAAUACAACCUUGUUAAGCUCCGGACUUAUUAAUCGAUAUUUGUCGUCCGUAAAUUAGUUUGAUUUAUUCAUAAUUCUUGACUAGGGGGAGGCUGUGGGAGAGGCUUUGAGAGGAAUACACUUGAGAUGUCAUAAUGAUUCAAAUCUCGGCGGAAAUAACUUUAAACUAUCAAAAGACAAAUGGUCUUGUCGAAUUACCAGAACAUCAUUGCAUGUAAUGGCGAUUCGUUACAAAACUCGAAAAUGAGAAAAUCAGUAUGGAGUUACCAUUGAGGAUGUGGAUAUACCAUCUAAAAUCACAAUUGGGUUUUCAGAAGCUUUCUCGGAUCA